AUGGAUAAUUCUCCUUUGCUUCCAGUUGCCCAUUCUGGAGGCAGUAAUUCCGGAGCUGCUCCCAAUGUUCCACCAGGGUCCUCCAGGGCUUCGGCGUCUUCUGCCUUUGCACCACCAUCCUUCACUGUGGCAAGCAUUGGCGGUUCACAGCUUAAUCCUCAAUCUCCAUUUACACCAUCUUCAUCAACACCGUCCAUCUGUCAAUCGAAUUCUAUCACUUUUAAAGAAAUCACCAGUUCACCAUCUCCUUCACCGACGGCCACUUCAGUGGCAGCAUCUCCUUCCAAGCGAUAUUUGUAUAGCUCCAAAAAGCACUCAUGCUUACUUUUAGAUUCGUUAAGUAUCCUUAGAAAGAGAAAAGAACUUUGCGAUAUUGUCUUGUUAGUAAACUCCAAGAAGAUCUACGCUCACAGGGUAAUAUUAGCUGCAUAUAGUCCAUACUUUUUAGCAAUGUUUACUGGCGAACUAGUAGAAUCUCGUCAGGCUGAAGUACACAUUCGUGAUAUUGAUGAGCAGGCAAUGGAACUACUCAUUGACUUUGCCUACAGCUCUCGCAUUAUCAUCGAGGAAUCAAACGUUCAGGUUCUUCUUCCGGCUGCUUGUCUUCUACAAAUGACUGAAAUUCAAGAAGUGUGCUGUGAAUUUCUCAAACAAGAACUUGACCCCUCUAAUUGUCUUGGCAUUCGCUCUUUUGCUGACACACAUGCCUGCAAAGAUUUACUUGAUUUUGCCGACAAGUUCACACAGGACCAUUUUCAUGAAAUAAUCGAAAAUGAAGAAUUUAUUUUGCUUCCAGUGAAUCAACUUAUUGACAUAAUCAGCAGUGAUGAACUGAAUAUUAGCUCUGAAGAACAGGUUUAUCAGGCAAUUAUGAAGUGGACUCGCUACAACGUCGCCGAGCGUAGACAGCAUCUUUCACAUGUUCUUCAGCAUGUUCGGCUAUCUCAAUUGUCGGCUAAAUUUCUUGUUGGUACUGUCAGCUCGGACAUUUUGAUAAAAAACGAUGAGCUUUGCCGCGAUUUAGUUGAUGAAGCAAAGAACUAUCUUCUUUUACCUCAAGAACGAACCUUUAUGGUCGGGCCCAGGUUUAGGCCACGUAAGCCAGUACGAAGAGGCGAAGUUCUCUUUGCAGUUGGUGGAUGGUGCUCAGGCGACGCAAUCGCAAGCGUGGAAAAAUAUGAUGGACAAGAGUGGAGAAUGGUGGCGCCAAUGACUAAACGAAGAUGCGGUGUCGGAUGUGCUGUGAUUAAUGAUUUACUUUUCGCUAUUGGAGGACAUGAUGGUCAGAGUUAUUUGAACAGCGUUGAACGCUAUGAUCCGCAUAUGAAUGAGUGGUCUACUUCUGUGGCACCUACAUCAACUUCACGCACUUCUGUCGGCGUUGGUGUACUCGAUGGUUUUCUCUACGCUUGUGGAGGGCAAGAUGGUGUGUCUUGUUUGAACAUUGUUGAACGCUACGAGGUUCAGACAAAUCGAUGGAUUAAAUUGGCGCCAAUGACAACUCGCCGUUUGGGCGUCGCCGUUUCAGUUCUCAAUGGCUACCUGUAUGCAAUUGGCGGUAGUGAUGGAAGCUCUCCACUCAACACUGUGGAGCGGUAUGACCCAAGAACAAACAGGUGGAGUCCAAUGGCCCCUAUGUGGACUAGAAGAAAACAUUUAGGCAGUGCUGUGUACAACAACAUGAUCUACGUCGUGGGAGGGAGGGAUGACACUACGGAGCUGUCUUCAGCCGAGCGGUAUAAUCCACAGACAAAUGAGUGGCAGCCCAUAGUGGCAAUGCAGAGUAAAAGAUCAGGCGUGGGUCUGGCGGUAGUAAACGGAAAACUCUACGCUGUCGGAGGUUUUGACGGACAAACUUACCUGAAAACCGUCGAGGUCUACGACAAUGAAGCAAAUUCUUGGAGCCUUUGCGGUAAUGGAAUGAACUAUAGGCGACUUGGAGGUGGUGUUGGUGUAAUUCAAAUUAACGGUCCUCAUGGAACUACCCAUUCGGCAGAACUUUUGAAAGCAGAAUUAACCCAAAACUUUAAGCCGAAUUGA